UCCAAUCCAAAGCCCAGUAGAGUUCAUUUUUAUACUAACUUGUAUUCUAUUCUACUACUUCUAGCUAGGUUUUCUUUCUUCCCCUUCCUUUGGGAUACUCUAUCUCUACAACAGUCUCUUACCCUUCAACCAUUUCAAAAGAAGAAGAAGAAGCAAAAACUCACACACUCACCUCAAUUUUCUUCUUCUUCCUUCGAUUCCAAUGGCGUCCAAGUUCGGCUUAGCUGGUGGAAUUCCAGAGCGCAAGGUUCGUCCCAUAUGGGACGCCAUUGAUUCUCGCCAGUUCAAGAGCGCUCUCAAGCAUGUCACCACUCUCCUCACCAAGCACCCUAAUUCCCCUUACGUUCUCGCUCUCAAAGCUCUCGUUUUGGAACGAAUGGGGAAGCCCGACGAAGCGCUUUCGGUUACCCUCAAUGCUAAGGAGCUUUUGUAUGCCAAAGAAUCUCUCUUGAUGGAUGAUCUCACUCUCAGCACACUGCAGAUUGUUUUCCAGCGACUGGAUCACUUGGAUUUUGCUACUGAGUGUUAUGAACAUGCCUGUGCUAAAUUCCCCAAUGACAAGGGAUUAAUGAUGGGGUUGUUUAACUGCUAUGUUCGCGAGUACUCAUUUGUGAAGCAACAACAGACAGCUAUUAAAAUGUACAAGCUCUUUGAAGAAGAAAGGUUUCUUCUUUGGGCAGUUUGUAGCAUCCAACUUCAGGUACUUUGCAGCAAUGGAGGAGAUAAGCUAUUAGUUUUAGCUGAAGGCUUACUUAAGAAACAUGUUGUUUCACAUAGCUUAGAUGAGCCUGAAGCUCUUAUGGUCUAUAUUUCCAUAUUGGAACGUCAAACUAAGUUUGGGGAUGCUUUGGAAAUUCUUUCUGGGAAAUUGGGAUCGCUAUUGAUGAUUGAUGUUGACAAGCUACGGAUGCAGGGGAGACUUCUGGCUCAGGCAGGUGACUACACCGCUGCUGCUGAUAUCUUUCACAAAAUCCUAGAGUCAUGUCCAGAUGACUGGGAAGGUUUCCUGCAUUACUUAGCCUGUUUGCUGGAAGAUGGCAGCAUUUGGUCUGAUGAGGCUGUUAAUGAUCCAGUUCACCCCCCAAAAUUUGUCAAUUGCAAAGUUUCACACUUGACAGAUGAACAGUUUGACAGUCAAAUAUCAACAGCAUCAGUUUUUAUACAGAAGUUACAAGCUGAUACUGUGAAUAAUUUGAUAAGGUGUCCAUACCUGGCAUCUAUAGAAAUUGAAAGAAGAAAACAUUUACGUGGGAAGGAGAAUGAUGAGAACUUAAUGGAUAGCAUUGUGCAGUACUUUUGCAGGUUUGGUCACUUGGCCUGCUUCACUUCUGAUGUUGAGAUGUUUGUUGAAGUCCUGUCUACCGAUAGGAAGGCAGAGCUCUUGGAGAAGUUAAUGAAAAACAGAAGUGCUUUAUCAGCUCCACCAAAGAAGACACUCGAGCUUUCUAUAAGCCUUUUCAAAACUAAACAAUUAUUGCUAGGGGACAUGUUCAAGUGUUCUGAAAGUGAUCUUGGGGUCUUUUGUGUUCAAAUGUUUGAAAUGUAUUGCAAGAACCUUCCGCUUUCAAAAGAUUUGGAUCCUCAAGAGAGUAUGCAUGGUGAGGAGCUGCUUUCAAUGAUAUGUAAUCUUUUGGUCCAGUUAUUCUGGCGUACUAAGAGUGCUGGCUACUUGAUAGAGGCAAUUGUGGUUUUGGAGUUCGGCUUAGCCAUACGAAGAUAUGUAUCACAGUACAAGAUCUUGCUGUUGCACUUGUAUUGUCACUAUGGCGCUCUUUCAGUAGCACAUGAAUGGUAUAAAUCACUGGAUGUGAAGAAUAUUUUGAUGGAAAGUAUGUUGCACCAUAUUUUGCCUCAGAUGUUGGUAUCUCCACUUUGGACUGAUUUAAACUGUCUGCUAAAGGAUUACCUGAAGUUUAUGGAUGACCAUUUCAGAGAAUCUGCAGAUUUAACAUUUCUUGCAUAUCACCAUAAAAAGUACUCAAAAGUAAUUGAAUUUGUCCAGUUUAAGGAUAGGUUGCAACACUCUAGUCAGUAUUUAGCGGCUAGAGUUGAAACACCCAUUUUACAGCUAAAGCAGAAUGCAGAUAACAUCGAAGAAGAAGAGGGCAUACUUCAAAGCUUGAAAUGUGGUGUUCACUUCCUUGAGCUAUCUAAUGAGAUUGGGUUGAAGUCUUUGACCUUCAAUGAAGACUUGCAGACACGGCCCUGGUGGACACCAACUUUGGAUAAAAAUUACCUCUUAGGGCCAUUUGAAGGGAUUUCUUAUUGUCCUCCUAGAGAAAUACCGACCAAAGAGAGGGAGGUGAGUUUAAAGAGGGUCAUUCAGAAGAAAUCCCUACUUCCUCGGAUGAUCUAUCUUUCAAUUCAAAAUGCCUCAGCAUCAAUCAAAGAGCAUGUUGAGGUCAAUGGUUCUGUUACACCAGACAUCACUUUGGAGCUGAAAUUAUUGCUUGAGCGCUAUGCACAAUAUUUGGGCUUUUCUUUUAAUGAAGCAAUAGAAGUGGUCAUGGAUUUCUCUAAUGGUCAACGUUCUUCCGUGGUCUCUGACUCCAACUUAAUUGACUGGUUGAAUUUCAUGGUAUUCUUAAAUGCGUGGAGCCUAGGUUCCCACGAACUUGGGCACCCUGAUAGCAAUGGAUGUAGGCCUCGUAUUUGGAAUACCUUAGACUCUUUGCUGGAGAAGUAUAUUUUGGAGAAGGUUAGGUCCAUAGAGCCCCAUCUCAGUUCUCCUUGUAGUGACAUUCAACUUUUGAUGCAAUUAGUUACGGAACCUUUGGCCUGGCAUGGACUUGUGAUACAAUCUUGCUUGAGAUCAUGUCUUCCAUCGAGUAAAAAGAAAAAGAAAAGUGGAUCCGCUCAUCAGUCUAGCUCAAAUCUGGUGCAUGCAAUCACAGAUUCUGUCCAGAAUUUAUCUCUUGUCUUGGAGGAUGUUAUGAAAUGGAUAAGUGAAUGGAACAGAAGGCCUGAAGAUCAGAAUUUGGAGGACAUUCUCUUGCUUCUUCGGAAAGGUGGUCAAAGUGAUGGGCCAGGGAAGGUCUUUCACAUUUUAGAAACUUUCAUUUCCUCUAUGAAUGAUGAGGAACUCGGUGAUCGCAUCUCCCAAUCACUCAAGUCUUGGAGUCCUGCUGAUGUUGCCAGGAAAAUGAUCACCGGGAAGCUUAAAGUGUUGACAGAAUUUUCUGCCAUCUGCGAGUCAAAAUUGAAGUUAUUACAAUCUGUGAAACAGCAGCUUGCUCAACUUUGAAGAGAUUAUACCAUUUGCUGUUGCUGAAGUUUUAUUUCAGCUUGACAAACGGCUUUACAGAAUACCAUUUCAGAAGCUUCUAUGAAUUCAAUAUGGUUUGUUGCGAGGUGACUAUUGGCGUUUUUUGUCAUCUUGUAAAAUUUUCUGAAGAGUGUACAUUGAAUACCCCCUUUUUGAGCUGUUGUCGGGUCUCUUUGCCCGAGCAAAAAUUUUGGCAUUGUAUAAUUGGUUUCCUUCCUUGUUUUGAAAAAUAUUUAUGACGAACAUUAUGAUCAGAAUCAGACUCUUCAGUCAUCAAUCCAACAGCACUUUUUGGUUAGCA